AGAAGAACCGGGGGGAGGAGAAAGAGUAGCCACAGAGUACAGAAUGUUAGUGAGUGGAGGAAGAAAGAAAGUCUAAAGAGAGGACGACUGCUAUUCUACAGAACGGUUAUUUUAGCGAAAAUAUGUCAAACAACGGGGAAGAUGCGAUUGAGAUGGAGUAAACAACUCGACAGUUCGUGAAAGUAUAUGCAAACAAGGAAAGAAGGGUUUUCGGUUCGUGUGCUUGUCGGGACGGUUGACGGUGUUCCGCUGCAACUCGAACAGGACAAGGCGAAGUUGCCGUGGGACAAAAAGCAGUGAGCUACAUCAACUGACUGCGAUUCGGGAAAGUAACGUUACCACGAUCGCUACAGUUGAGGAAGGGGCUAUUGGGAAAUAAAGUGGAAGCAAAGGGGCCCGCGAGUGGAGCAACGGUGGAAAGUUUAACGUUAGCCUGUCCCCCCCUCGUUUUUCCAAUCCGAACCAAAGGAAGGGCUCAGAGGGAGACGACUUUUCCUUCCACAAACGCUACUGACUUGAGAUCCACCAAGCUCGCUAGCUAACGUUAACUAGCUUGCAACACUCAAAAUGAAAACCCCUGGAGAUUCGGGGUUUGCCUUUCCAGACUGGGCCUACAAACCCGAGUCCAGCCCCGGCUCGCGACAGAUCCAGCUGUGGCACUUCAUCCUGGAGCUGCUGAGGAAGGAGGAGUACCAUGAUGUCAUCGCCUGGCAGGGGGACUAUGGAGAGUUUGUCAUCAAGGACCCUGACGAGGUGGCCCGGUUAUGGGGGGCCCGCAAGUGCAAACCCCAGAUGAACUACGACAAGCUGAGCAGGGCACUCCGGUAUUACUACAACAAGAGAAUCCUCCACAAGACCAAAGGGAAGAGGUUCACCUACAAGUUCAACUUCAACAAACUGGUCCUGGUCAACUACCCUUUCAUAGACAUGGGUUCCACAGGAAGUGGUGUUCCUCAGAGUGCUCCACCAUUGCCUUCCGCAGCCGGAACUCAUUUCCGCUUCCCACCGUCCACGCCAUCCGACAUGCUUUCGCCCAAUGAGGACCUGCGUAGCCCAGGGGGCGUGUUCAGCGCCGUGGCUCGGCGCAUGGCGCGCGGCUCGGUCAGCGACUGCAGCGAUGGGACCUCCGUCAACUCUGAGAUCGAGGACGGCAACGGGGAGGAGGGGAGGAGGGGAGGAGGAGGUCCUGGGGGAGGAGGUUACAGGAGUAUGAUCCACCCCCGUUUGUCCCAUGAGUCUCUGUUCAGGAUGUAUGGUGGAGCAGGAAACCCCAACGCCCACCCAGGCUCCCGCGGCCCCCUGGGACACAGGGUCCACCCCGACAACCUGUCCCCCUUCCCCGUGUCCCCCCUGCCUGGCCCUGGGGGUGCAGGGCUCUUAGCCCCACCUCUGUCCCCAGCCCUGUCCUUGACGCCCUCCUCCCACCUGCCCUACACCCCGUCCCCCUCCCUCUCCCCCAUGCUGGGCUCCCACUUCUCCUUCAACCCUGAGGAAAUGAAGCGCUACCUGCAGGCCCACCACCAGAGUGUCUACAACUACCACCUCAGCCCCAGAGCCUUCCUCCACUACCCCAACGUCAUCAUUCCCCAGCCACACCGCCUCGCCCAGGACAAGAGAGAACUGGGCGAGAGGGGGGGAGCAGAGAGGGGGGGAGGAGGAGAGAGAGAAAGAGGAGAACGCUCAGGUCUGAAUAGUCAUCGACACCCAUCACCCCUGUCCCAAUCCCACUCUCCUCACCCUCACUCAGCUCACCCGCACUCAGCCCUACCCCACCCGCACUCAGCCCACCCCCACCCUCACUCGGCCCAUUCCCACCCCCACCCCAUCCACCACCCACUGCGCCUGGGUGAGGAGCCACCUCACCUCUCGCCCUUCAAGUUCAAGCUGCAGCCUCCUCCAUUGGGCCGGAAGCAGAGGGACGGUAGCCAGGGCCACCACCCCAGGCAGAGCUCACUGUCCUCGGGCUCAGGGUCCCUGUCGUCCUCCGGUCUGGGGUCCUCCCUGUCCUUCGGCAGUGACCUGAGCUCAGCCGGCGGGUCAGGACUCAUCUCCAACUCCUCCUCCACCGGCUCCCUCAACAGCACUGGGCUGCCCAAGAUCAAGGUGGAGCCCAUCUCAGACAUUGAGUCAGAAGAGGAGGUGGAGGUGACUGACAUCAGCGAUGAAGACCCCGACGACCGGGGCGACGAGUACGACCUCUUCUCCCCCCGACACCCCCGGCCUCACCCCCACCACCCCAACGGGACCUCCUCCCACCCACACCCCCACGACGAGGACCUGGAUGAGGAUGUCUUCAAGGCCCCCGCGCCCCCUCCUCCAGGCCUGCUGCCCUUCUUCACCUCCCACCCCCACCGCGGACCUCCCACCCUGAAGAGUGAGCCGGCCGAGCCAGGCGACAACCCCCCCCAGUCCCCCGCCCAGGGGCAGACCAAGUGCAUUCCCCUCAAGCUGCGCUUCAAACGGCGCUGGAGCGAAGACCAACGAAUGGAGGCCAUGGAAGAACAGGACGACAAGAAAGUACGAGGGGAGAAGGAGAGGGAAAGAGAGACAGAGAGGAAUGGAGGGAUGCAGGAGAACGGGGCUGGCAGCGCCCCCAGUCCCCCACCCCUGGGGGGGUAUGAGUGUUCCCUCCCGUUGGCUCAGAGGGGGGUGAACCAAGACCUGCACCAGGCCACUGCCCAACUGUCACUGGAGAACAAGGACUGCUGAUGCUGAUCCACACACACAUAGGGAUACAUACAAACACUAAUGCUAGCAGAGUGGUUUAGGACAGUGGAAAUGACUCCAGUAGUCCUCCUGCCACUCUGACACACAGACAGUUCUCUCCUAACUCAAACUAAACCUGGGUCUAAUCAAACUCCAAACCCUGAUAUAGUCCACACCCUCCGCCCAAAGCCCUUACCUCCUACUGUAACCAGACCCCUCCCUCAGAGACUGUUGAAGAAAAGAGGGGAGAGGGGACUUAUGGUCCAAGCAAACCCAGACUCAGUGACUUAAACCAGGGGAAGAACC